GACCCUGCUCUAGAUUAGAAGCCUGUGGCCAAGGCCAUGGCUUUGCUUAACCCUGCACCCCAGCAGCAGCAUAAAACAUGUGGGACAAUGCCGCGGUGGGGUGCAUCAUCGCCACUCCCGAGUAGCUAUUUCACUGUACCGGUCUGUACUCUGCCAGACUAAGAUUCGCGCGUUGCGGUCGAGAAUCACGCCUCCCAACCCAGCUCCCCCCGUGCUUCAUAAUCCCACUCCAAUGCGGGCUCUCUGUGGAGUUCCAUCUUGCGCCUCGCUGUCGUCGCAUCGCCUGGCGUCGCCUUUGCUCGCCUACCGAGCUUGUGAGUUCGCGUUAGGUUCUUCUCCGGGCUUGCGGUUGGAGUUUGUGGGGAGAGCUGUUGGGUUGCAGAGCCGGAGUAUUGGAAGACGGUGCAUUGUCGCUAUGGCUGCUGCUGCUGCCGAGGCUGCACCCACGGAGGUCUUCGUCAAGGCCGCUGUCGGGCACCCGGACAAGUUCGGUGAUUGUCCCUUUUCACAUAGGGUGGUGCUGACUCUGGCGGAGAAGAAAGUUCCAUACGACAUGAAACUAAUUGACGUUUCAAACAAGCCUCAAUGGUUCUUAGAUAUCAAUCCGGAGGGAAAAGUACCUGUCAUCAAGGAUGAAGGAAAGUUUGUGGCUGACUCGGAUGUCAUCACUCAGCUUCUUGAGGAAAAAUAUCCGGAGCCUUGUUUGAAGACGCCCGAGGACAAGGCUUCCGCAGGUGCGAGGAUCUUCCCAAAUUUUGCAGCAUUCUUGAAAAGCAAAGACCCUAACGAUGGCACCGAGGCAGCAUUGCUUGCUGAGCUCAAGAGUCUGGAUGAACAUCUCAAAUCGAACAAACCUUUCAUUGCUGGCGAGGCAGUGACAGCGGCUGACUUGGCGCUGGCCCCCAAGCUCCACCACUUGACAGUCGCUCUUGGUCAUUACAAAAAGUGGUCCAUACCUGAGGAUUUGACCAAUGUGUUGAGCUACGUUGAGGCUGUCCAUUCACUAGAGUCCUUUAAGAAGACUAAGCCAGCUGACGAAUUCAUCAUUGCGGGAUGGGCCAAAUUUUUUGUUUGAACGUUCUGAAGGACUGAGGUGCCUCAGCUGGUGCCCAGUUUUUUUAGUAGUAAAGUUUUAGAGCUACAGAUCCCGCCUUAGAUUCUACGAGCAUGUUGUUCUGGAGCGUGCGCUGUACUCCGUUUGUACUUACCGUGUUAGUUGUGAUCUAAAACAGUCAAUAUCCUGUGUUAUUGUUAAUGCGCUUCUAGAGCAUGACGUGAAAUAGGGGCGAUAUGUGUGUUGGAGGAAGUUUUACGGCUGGUUAUAUAAUAGCUUUAUUGUAGUUUUUGGAACAAUGCUUUGUAAAUUGUAAUACAAUUAUUCCAGAACACUGCGAAUGUUAAUAUCAAUGGGCAGUUUUGAUUUUGACGUC